AAACACUUCUGUUGAUUAUCCACGUCCGCUUGCAACUUGCGCUCAUCAUUACGUCGUUUCUUUGGGCUAUUUUGCAACCCAAGCACACACAUUUCAAAGAUUGCGCUCAAGUUCUUCCAUUUAAGGGGAACUGACAAGUGCAAUACGUGUGCUCACAUCUGUGAUUUAAAUUUCUCGAGCUUUUUGCCUUGAGUUUUUCAAUGUACUCCCACUCUGCUGAGAAGGUUUCAAACGACUACAUCUCCGACCAGGUUUACAAGAGCUCUGGAAGCCAGUGAACCCGUCCGCUACCAGCACAUAUAUUUUCAAUUACUAUUUCUUCAAUCGCCACGCAACGUCUCGCGUUCUCGCUCUCUUCUACCGCACAGCCUAAACACUACAUCGACAUGUUUGGAUUUGCAAAAAAUCUUGUCCGCCCUGCUGCGGUCGCCGCCCGGAAUCCCAUCAACUGGAACGCGGUGAAUACUCGCGCACGAUUCUUGGCCACCUUGUCCAAUGACAAAGCUGGCAUUCUCCAGCGCCCGGUCGGCACUCAACCUGAACCGCCCAUGCUCCCCGGUCUACUGCGCCUGCAAACUGGGGAGUCGUUCAAGGCCACAUCUUUUGGCGCUCCACUCACUGGCGCUCCAAUGUCUGGGGAAAUUGUCUUCACCACCGCCUUGGUCGGCUAUCCCGAGUCCAUGACCGAUCCUUCUUACCGUGGCCAAAUUCUUGUAUUCACUCAGCCUUUGGUCGGAAACUACGGUGUACCGGCGCCAACUCGUGACGAAUUUGGUCUUCUGAAACACUUUGAGGCGGACGGGAUUCAAGUUCAGGGUAUUAUCGUGAACGAUUACGCGACAAAAUACUCUCACUGGAAUGCCAUUGAGUCUCUUGGUCAAUGGUGUGCUCGCUACGGUGUCCCUGCUCUUACUGGAGUGGACACUAGGGCUGUUGUUACCAUGUUGCGGGAACGUGGGUCGACUUUGGCUGAGAUCCGGGUCGGAGAAGAAAUGGUGAAUGCCGAGCAGGUGCCUUUGGAGGAUCCCAACGUGCGUAACCUUGUGGCUGAGGCCUCCACCAAAGUCAAAACGACUUACAACAAGGGCGGAGACGUCAAGAUUGCUUUGAUCGAUUGUGGUGUGAAGCACAACAUCAUCCGGUGCUUGGCCAAGCGGGGUGCUCAGGUUGAUGUUGUCCCGUGGGAUCACGACCUUGUGCGGGACCCUGUAAAGUACGACGGUAUCUUUAUAUCCAACGGCCCUGGUAACCCGGACAAGGCUCAAAAGACUGUUGCAAACUUGCGGGCGUUCAUGUCUCAACCGUUCAAGGUGCCCACACCCAUCUUCGGUAUUUGCAUGGGCAACCAGUUGUUGGGUCUAGCCGCCGGAUACAAGUCAUAUAAACUCAAGUACGGUAACCGUGGUCACAACCAGCCUGCUCUUAACUUGGUUACCGGAAAAUGCGUGAUCACCUCGCAGAACCAUGGGUACGCUCUCGAUGAUAGUGUCGAAGUUCCUGGCUGGAUACCAUUCUUCCGGAACGCGAACGAUGGUAGUAACGAGGGUAUUCGCCACGCCGUCUUGCCGUAUAGCUCAGUGCAAUUCCACCCCGAGGCUAUGGGUGGACCUUUGGACACCGAUUACCUUUUCAGCGAUUUCGUUCAGGAAGUGCGAGAAUACAAGGCUAAGCGGGACAACCAGAGCCGAAUCGUAAUGCCGACCAGCGUACCUUUCCAGAGUGUUGAACAGCAGCCUGCCGCAGUUGCCGCUUAAUUUGCAGACGAAUUUUUUGGAUACCAUGGCCAUUCGCACACAAGUGUGAAUUUCUUAACUGGAAUGGGGGUGUUGUUAAAUGUGAUGGGCCGCUAGCAUAGUUUCUUUUGUACAAUUGUUCCAUGUUUCACUUUGUCUGAAAUAUAUCACAGACAAUCAAAUUGUGAAAUGUUUCCACUUGCUCAUGUUCAGUGAAUAUGUUACAUAACCAAAAUAUGAGGGUAUGAUUACACUUUCUGUUGGAUAUCGUUUAUACGGUCCACAGCAUAUUAGAAUAUAUAACGGGAUGAUUG